UGGUCUCCAUAGCCGCGAUCUCCUCUUCUCUUCCCCUCCUCCUCUCCUCCUUCUCUGCCCUCCUCCUCCCUUUCCCCUCCCCUUCCCUCCCCUCUCGGGUGUGUGUGGGACUCCGUCUGUCCGCCCAGGGUAAUACGCAGAGGAGCGCCGGCGCUGUCCAAGACUAGGCAGCAGAGUCGCGAGGGGCAAGACUCAGCACCGAGGCGGGGCAGUGUCUGCGUUUUAGCCGCUGAGCAGUGUGCAGGCCUGCAGCCGGCGAAAGCACUCUCGUGGGGGGGCGGGUGUGUGUGGCUCUGAGGUGGCCGGGAGGUCGCAGGCCGACAAGCAGAGAAGCAGCUUCCGCGGGGCGGAGGCUUGUGUGCCCAGCCCGUGUUUCCCGGGAGAUGCUGUGACGGACCCGCGCGGAGGAGCUCACGCCUGGCCUCGCGCCCCCCGGGACUCGGCGGCCGCGGCGGCUGGGUCACCCGCCCUUCUCAGUGGAAGUAUGCGAGACUUAACAGCUCAAGUGACUAGUGGUCUCCUGCAGUUCCCAGAGGUGACUAUUCAAGCUCUUAGAGAAGAUGAAAUAAUAUUAGAAUCUGUGCUUCGUGGAAAGUUUGCUGCAGGGAAAAAUGGACUUGCUUGCUUGGCUUGUGGUCCACAACUUGAGGUAGUAAACUCUGUAACAGGAGAGCGGUUGUCUGCAUAUAGAUUCAGUGGAGUAAAUCAACAGCCUCCUGUAGUCCUUGCAAUGAAAGAAUUCUUUUGGCAAAAGAGAAGUGGAUUGUUAAUAGGAUUGGAAGAAGCAGAAGGAAGUGUUCUUUGUCUUUAUGACCUUGGUGUAUCAAGAGUGGUUAAAGCAGUUGUUCUUCCUGGAAGGGUAACAGCUAUUGAACCUAUAAUUAAUCAUGGUGGAGCCAGUGCAAGCACUCAACAUUUACAUCCAAGUUUGCGAUGGCUUUUUGGUGUGGCAGCAGUGGUAACUGAUGUUGGACACAUUCUUCUUAUUGAUCUUUGUUUGGAUGACAUGUCGGGUAGUCAAAGUGAAGUAGAGGCAUCAGACCUUGAAGUUAUAACUGGUGUCCCAACUGAAGUACCACAUAUCAGAGAGAGUGUGAUGAGAGAAGGACGUCAUCUCUGUUUCCAGUUAGUAAGCCCCUCAGGAACAGCUGUUUCUACUCUGAGUUAUAUUAACAGGACAAAUCAUCUUGCUGUAGGUUUUUCUGACGGCUAUCUUGCACUUUGGAAUAUGAAGAGUAUGAAAAGAGAGUAUUAUACACAGUUAGAAGGUGGAAGAAUUCCUGUGUAUGCUAUUACUUUUCAAGAACCUGAGAAUGAUCCUCGUAAUUGCUGUUACUUGUGGGCUGUUCAGUCUACGCAAGAUAGUGAAGGGGAUGUUUUGAGUUUGCAUCUGCUUCAGCUGGCUUUUGGUGACAGAAAAUGUUUGGCCUCAGGACAAACCUUAUAUGAGGGGUUAGAGUACUGUGAAGAACGAUAUACACUGGACCUGGCAGGUGGAAUAUUUCCUUUGAGAGGACAUACUAGUAAUACCAAAUUGUUGGGGUGCCAAAGUAUAGAGAAAUUUCGAUCUCAUGGAGACAGGGAAGAAAGCAUGAGCGAAGCUCUAUCUCCUGACACUAGUGUUUCAGUCUUUACCUGGCAAGUGAAUAUAUAUGGACAGGAAAGGCCAUCUAUAUAUUUGGGACUUUUUGACAUAAAUCGUUGGUAUCAUGCGCAAAUGCCAGAUUCAUUAAGAUCUGGAGAAUAUCUACAUAAUUGCUCUUAUUUUGCAUUGUGGUCAUUGGAUUCUGUUGUAAAUAGAACUUUUCCACACAACAUUUUGGAUAUAUUAGUACAUGAGAGAAGUUUAACUCGAGGAAUUCCUCCUUCAUACCCACCUCCUGAGCAGUAUUUUAACCCAAGUACUUUUAAUUUUGAUGCCACUUGUUUAUUAAACUCAGGAGUUGUUCACAUAACUUGUACUGGCUUUCAGAAGGAGACUUUGACUUUUUUAAAGAAAUCAGGACAGUCCCUUAAUGAAGUCAUUCCUGAUGGUUAUAAUCGGUGUCUUAUAGCUGGCCUUCUGUCACCAAGACUUAUUGAUACUCAGCCCUCCAAUCUAAGUCAAGAAGAACAGUUAGAAGGUAUAUUGUCAGCAGCAAUUCAAACAAGUUCCCUGGGACUUUUGACUGGUUGUAUCAGAAGUUGGAUAACUGAAGAACAACCAAAUUCUGCUGCUAAUUUGCGCUUUGUUCUUGAAUGGACAUGGAAUAAAGUGGUUUUCACUAAAGAGGAAUUUGACAGGCUAUGUAUACCAUUAUUUGACGGUUCAUGUCGUUUCAUUGAUCCACAAACUAUACAGUCUAUCCAGCAGUGCCAUUUGCAUCUUAGCAACCUCAAUAGUGUCUUAAGCUGUUUUGCAACAGAGGCACAGGAUAUCACUGAGAGAGGAAUGGUGGACUUAAAGAAUAAGCAUAUGGUUGCCCAGCUCAUCUGUCAAUAUGUACAAAUGGUUCUUUGGUUUUCUCAUUCUGGGCUUUUACCAGAAGGCUUAGAUGAUGCUGUGCAGUUGUCAAGGUUAUGCUACAACUACCCUGUAAUUCAGAACUACUACACCAAUCGUCGACAGAAGUGUGAGCGUGUAUCAAGAGGGAAGUGGAACCCUGAUUGUUUGAUGAUUGAUGGAUUGGUUUCUCAGUUAGGAGAUCAAGUUGAGAAGUUGUGGAAACGAGAUGAAGGAGGCACAGGAAAAUAUCCUCCUGCUAGUCUACAUGCACUACUAGACAUUUAUUUAUUAGACAACAUUACUGAAGUAAACAAACACUCUAUUACCAUUUAUUUGUUACUUGAUAUUAUGUAUUCCUUUCCAAACAAAACGGAUACUCCCAUUGAGUCUUUUCCAACUGCCUUUGCCAUUUCUUGGGGUCAAAUUAAACUUAUUCAAGGAUUUUGGCUGAUUGAUCAUAAUGACUUUGAGAGUGGGUUGGACCUUCUGUUUCACCCAGCUACUGCAAAACCUCUGUCAUGGCAACAUUCAAAGAUUAUUCAAGCCUUUAUGAGUCAGGGAGAGUAUAGACAAGCUCUCAGAUAUAUUCAGACAAUGAAGCCAACAGUGUCCAGUGGUAGUGAUGUUAUCCUUCACCUCACUGUUUUGCUUUUUAAUAGGUGCCUGGUUGAGGCCUGGAGUUUAUUGCGACAACAUUCUAAUAAAGUGAAUGCAGAGGAAUUACUGAAGCAUGCCUAUGAAGUCUGCCAGGAAAUAGGCUUAAUGGAAGAUUUAUUGAAAUUACCAUUUACAAACACUGAACAGGAGUGUUUGGUGAAAUUUUUGCAGUCCAGUGCCAGUGUUCAGAAUCAUGAAUACCUUUUAGUUCACCAUUUGCAGCGUGCCAAUUAUAUUCCUGCUUUGAAGCUGAACCAGACUUUGAAGAUUAAUCUUAUGAAUGAUCGGGAUCCUCGUUUGCGGGAGAGAUCAGUGGCUCGAAAUUCUAUAUUAGAGCAAUAUGGGAAAAUCCUUCCUAGAGUCCAGAGAAAAUUAGCCAUGGAAAGAGCUAAGCCUUACCAUCUGUCAACAUCAUCAGUUUUUCGAGAAUUUUCUAGACCCAAACCAUUGUCAGCAUUUCCAAAGAAAGCCAUGACAGGAACAGUGUUAUCAAGAUCCACUUUCAUCAAUAAUGUGUUAUCUAGAAUUGGAGAGGUGUGGACAAGCAGUGAUCCUGGAAAUAGCAUCUCACUUUAUAAUAAUCCUAAAAUAGAAGAAGCAUCUCCUAUAGUAUAUUCUUUCCCACAUCUACAACUGCCUGAGGCAUUUGUUGGAACACCCAUUUCAAAAGCAUCACAGAGGAUUUCUAGAUUACUAGAUUUGGUUAUUCAUCCUAUCCCCCGACCUUCUCAACCUUUGGGGUUUAUUCAGCAAAGCCCCACAAGAUCUCCUUUAUGCCUACUAUCCAGUUCUUUGCCAUUUGGUUCACAGUCAAAAGAAUCACAUCAGAAUACCUCCAAGUCUGCAGAAUUACAUUUACUUGAGACUCCUCUUGUAGUUAAGAAAGCUAAAAGUUUGGUUAUGUCAGUUGCUUCUUCUGGAUUUGCCGAGUUUACUCCUCAAUCUAUCCUAAGGUCUGGCCUUCGAACACCUUUAGCAACUCCCUCUACAUCACCUGGAAGGUCUCUUACUCCUCCUUUGCGACUUAAAGAAACUAAAAUUUCAUUCAUGGAAGAAGAAAUGAACACAAAAUGGACUAUUGCACCUGCAGAUAACAGUAACCCAGAAGCAUUUAUCACUGCAUCUUUUCAUAAAUGUGGAGUUCCAGCAGAAAAUGAAUGGCCGAAGAGCAAAGAGGAAACCAUUCCUUUUCUUGUAAAUAGCUCAGAAAAGGACCCUCAAGAAAUGGAUACAGGGUCACUGGACGCAUCCUCACAAAGUUUGGAGAAACUAGAUGUGAGCAAAGAAAGCAAUGCUUCAACCAGAUCAGACCAGACCACCUUAGAAUAUCAAGAUGCACCAUCACCAGAAGAGUUUGAAGAUAUUUUCUUGUCCUCCCAGUCAGGAGAGUCUUCCACUGAACUAAAUACUAAUUUAACUGAGCAAAUCAAGAAAGAUGAAGAUAAAGAUGUGUUUGAGUCACAAGUAAUUCCUCCAGAUGAGGAAAAACAGAUGGACACUUUGAAAGUUGCAGAGGAGACCCUUUCAGGAUCAAAUAACUUAAGCUCCACUGAAGGAACCAAAGCAUCACUUUGUGUGCCAUCAAUCCAUGAAGGGAAAAUCCUCACCCCAAAGUCCAAGAUACCAGUGUUGGAUAAAGGAUUAAUGUCUGUUGAAGCCUACAACUCUACGAUUAGAGCAGACAACAAUGAAUCAGUGGCCAGUAACCUUGGUGAUAGUGGAAGCUCUGGGCUCAUCACAUCUGAAAGUCCUGUUAUCUCUGAACAUACCUUAAAAGAAGAUCGUGAACUAGAAAUUGAUGUACUAAAAGAAAGUGUUGACAUACCAGAAGAGAAGCUACCAAUUCCUGACAGUUCUCCUGACACUCAAGAAAUUCAUGUAAUUGGACAUGAAAAGCUUGAAGUUCAAAAUUCAGGAGAAGAGGCCAGAAAUCUUUCAUUUAACGAGUUAUAUCCCUCAGGAACUCUUAAGCUUCAAUAUAAUUUUGAUACUAUUGAGCAACAGUUUUGUGACUUACCUGAUAAUAAAGACUCUGCUGAAUGUGACAUUGCUGAAGUAGAUGGGGAACUUUUUGUGGCCCAGAGCAACUUUACCUUGAUAUUGGAAGGUGAAGAAGGAGAAGUUGAGACAGGUGAUUCUGCAACACCUAAUGUGUUACCUAAAGCAACUAACAUAGCAUCCAAGGAAAAACUUGUAUACAGUGUGGAACAUGAUGAUCAUGGACAUGUUGCAGAUUUUCCAUCUAUCAUAACUAGUGAUCAAGAAUCCCAAAAGGUAGAGACUUUACCAUAUGUGCCUGAACCCAUUAAAGUAGCAAUUGCAGAAAAUUUAUUAGGUGUGAUUAAAGAUACGAGAAGUAAAGAAAUUACUUCAGAUGUAAUGGAACAGUCUGUUCAUGAAAGCAUACCUUUAAUAAGCCAGAAGGUAAUGUGUUCUACCAAAUUAGUCAAACCUGUGAUAAAGACUUUUCAGGAAACAAGUACCAUGACUAUAAAUGUUAGCCAGGGUGAUGACAUGGUUUCCUCUAGAACACGCAUGAGAAAGAGAGUCCAAAACCUGAGUAUCACUACAGCAGGGCAAGAGUCAGCAGAUUUUGCUACUCCCAAGAUGCUAGGGCCACAAUCUAUAAAGAAAACUAGAAAAGCAAAAGAUAUUUCUGAGGUUUCUGAAAGUGCCUAUUCUGAUAUCAAAGGAAAAUCUCAGAAUCAGCAAAUACCUCAAAAUUCUAUUAGGAGAGGAAGGAAGAAAAAAGAAACUAAUCAAGAUACAUUAGAUAAUAUUGAUUCUGUGGAACAAGAAUUGCAGGUUACUUCAGGUAGGGAACUAAAAAGGUUAAAGUCACCUCAGCUUUUGGAACCAGCAACUGAAGAAAUUUCUUUUAGAAAAGAAGUUAAGCUUUCAUCUGUUACAAAAAGGACUCUUAGAAAAACUAAAAAAUCUAUAGAAAAUCAGGAAAGUGUUGAAAUUAAUGUUAGUAAAGUAGCAAGUCCUAGCAAGACUGUCAAGAAAAAGCUGAGAAAUGCUAAUACAGAAGCCUCUGAAAAUAUGCAAGAGGGGAAAUCCAAUGACCAACUGCCUAUUAAACGUAGUAGAAGGAUCAGAGAGAAACAAGUUACUAUGUCAGAUAAGAUAGAAGAGUCUAAACUUGAUUCCUCCCAAUUGAUUGUUCAAGCAGAAUUUGAUUUGCCUGCCACAACUAGGAAACGUGGUAGACCAAGGAAAAUAAAUCCAUCAGAAAAUGUUGGAUCUAAGACUGUUAAGGAAGAGAGAAGUCCCAAGAAGAGAGUUCUUAGCAUCCGAAGAUCUUCAAGGAAUACCUCAGCUAGAAAUGAAAAUAUUGAUGUUGGAAAACCAGUUUUAGAAAAAACCAUUCUAGUGCCAAAUGAGGAACUUGUUUUGGUGACAAGCUCUAAGAAAAAACUUACCAAGAAGACUGAAAAUCAAUGUCAGAAAAGUUCAUUACACUCUGUAUCAGAUGAAAUGACACAUAAACAACCAAAUAACCAAGAAGAAAGAUUACUUGCCACCUCAACUUUUGCUAAAUCUUCUCGUAGUACAAGGACCAGGUCUAGCAAGGCCAUCUUGUUACCAGAUCUUUCUGAACCAAAAAAUGAGCCUUUAUUUUCUCCUCCUGCAGCAGAGGUACCAAGGAAAGUGAAAGCUGCAAAAAUAGAGGCUCCUGCACAGUUGAAAGAAUUAGUUUCAGACUUAUCUUCUCAGUUUGUAUUCUCACCUCCUGCUUUGAGGACCAGACGAAAGAAUACAUCCAGUGCAUCCAAGCUUGUAGAUGAACUGGAAGAUGAUACUAAAUCAGGAGAAACUAUGGUAGAGCAAAAAGUGAAAAGAAUCAGGAUUGCAAAAAGAAAACAAGCAAACAAAAAUACAGAAGAAGAAAGUUCUUGGUCACCUCCUCCAGUAAAAAUUAGGCUGAUUUCUCCUUUGGCAAGCCCAAUUGAAGAAGUAAAGAGCAAACCAAGAAAAACUGCAGAAGUUAAAGGAAAAACUCUUGGAAGGGGCAGAAAGAAACCAUCCUCCUUUCCAAAGCAAGUUUUACGCAGAAAAAUGCUAUAAUUUUUUUCCAAGAUUCUAAUGUACACCUGUUUGUAAAGUCAUCAAAAUUGUGUGGAUUAUUAAAAAUUAUCCAAUUUGGAAGAAAAUAAUUUAUAUAAACUACUGUAAAUUUUUGUAAAUAGAAUGUCUUUAGUAAGUAAAGUAACUCCAUACGGAGUGUGAUUCUUUUAGUUCAGGUGUUUUUUCUAUUUUAUAUUAAGACUUCAUACAUUUAUAUAAUAUGUAAAUAUGGCUUCUUAUUGGAAUGUUAAAUAAAAUGUAUACUUAACAGUAGUUUGUGUCUGUUAGAUUUUUGAAAGGGAAUUUUUGUCUUAAUGAUUUUUAUAUGCUAGUAGGCAUUUGUCCCAUUUUUCUCUCUAUAGUUAAAAUACUAGACCAAUCUUAAAAUGAGGGUGAUUGAACUAUUAUUUUUUAAAGUUGUUAUUUUCUAACUUAUGCACUUUGAUUUUGUGAUUAAGAUUUCUAAUCAUAAUGUGUACUUUUAUUUGGUUUUGCCUGUUACUAUGCUGAAAUUGAAUUAUGGGCAUGUAAUUUUGCUGCCUUUUUGUAGUUUCACAAAUUUUGUGUAAUCUACCUACCUCAAAUGAGUAGUUUUCCAAGUAAUGCAUUGUGGUUAACUAUAAUGUUGGCAUUUCUUGUUCAGCAAGCUUAAGGCUAUUUAUCUUUAAUGUCUCUUAAUUCAGAGACUUAUUACCCAGGUUAGAUUGACCGGUUCACUGCUUAUUAGCAACCUCAUGAAAAGAUUUGAGAAGAAAAUGUAAAAUAAAUCUUUUACCAAUAUUUAGUACACCUUGUGUGUGCCUAAUAUUGAUACGGGGAGAAGUUUGGAUACAUUUUAUAAUAUUCUUGCUAUAAAGAAACUUACUGAAUCACAGAAUUCCCUUAAUAUUCAGGAUUUAAAACUGGCAAAUUAUCAUAGGAUCUCAGGCACAGAUUGAGAAUGGGAAGAGAUGAGUAGAUAAAGAACAAGAAAAAAUGAAAGCACCCCUUUUUCUGCAGUAAGACUUUGUGCAAUGAAGUGAUGAUACUUGAUGCAGGCCAUAAAUUUCAUCAAUAAAUAAGUGUUGUAAAAUAAUUUAUAGUAGGUAAUUGAUAGUAUGUAAUGAAUGGACCAUUAAUAAUUGAUGAUCUGGAAACAAACUGCCUUUGUCAGCUAAGCUUUUAAUGUUUUAGUAUGAAGCAUAGCAGUGUGGCUUUUCUACAUUAUUUUUCUACCAAAUAACAGUAUGGACAAUGAGAAAAUGAUGAAAAUGCCUCUGCCAAGUAGCGACCGUGUGAUAGUAGCAGUACGAGUGCGGCCAUUUAGUCAGGUUAGUGGUAAAUGUCACAUUGCCUUUUUGAAAAUUUAACUGAUUUUGAUUUUAUUAAUUUUUUAAUGAUAAUUACAAAACUUAUAUUUAAGCUGCUUGUCAUUUAUGAAAUAUUAAACUUAUUUAAAUGAAUUUGUUAAUAAAGAUCUAAAUAUGA